UUAUCAUCCCUUCCUCCCCAAAUUGAUUCCAAAACCUAGUCGAUCGUUGAAUGUUGAGAUGGCCAACACCAGAAGAUUACUUCCCAUUGUGAUUUUGUGGAUUGUCAUUCUCUUUGGCACCCUUGCUCUAAUUCUGAAUCGGUUAAGUGAUCCAGCGGCUUCAUCGGAGCACGGUUCUGCUGUAGAUCAAAAGCUUGUCAGCGAGGUGGAAUCGUCGGCGGAUGCGGAUCAGGUGACGCAUAAAGUUUACUUUGACAUUGAAAUCAGUGGGAAGCACAUUGGUCGCGUUGUGAUGGGACUCUAUGGAAAAACUGUGCCAAGAACAGCAGAAAAUUUUCGAGCUCUUUGCACGGGGGAGAAAGGAACUGGAGCAAGUGGGAAGCCGCUUCACUUCAAAGGCAGCAAAUUCCACAGGAUCAUACCUUAUUUCAUGAUCCAGGGAGGUGAUUUCACACGAGGUGAUGGGCGGGGAGGGGAAUCUAUAUAUGGCGAUAAAUUUCCUGAUGAGAACUUCAAGUUAAAACACACUGGCCCUGGAGUUCUAUCAAUGGCAAAUUCAGGAGUGGAUACAAACGGAUCUCAAUUUUUCAUCACAACAGUCAAAACAAGCUGGUUGGAUGGGCGUCAUGUUGUGUUUGGACAAGUGCUUUCGGGUAUGGAUGUGGUGAAGCAGAUUGAAUCAUUGGGAACAGAGAGUGGAAUGCCCAAAGCAACAGUUAUUGUUUCAGACAGUGGUGAAUUGUCUGUUUAGUCCUAACUGUCUGUGUCAUAUUGCCAGUUUUUAGCUGGCAAACAAACACACACAACAGACAUCGGUUACACGUUCUACCAAAAUCUCUAAAUUUUCUGAUUUGAUAAUGUACAAAAACGAUGUAGACUUAGAUUUCUCAUAUUCCGAAGUCGUUUCGAAUUAUAAGUAACCAGAAUUUACCACUUCA